GAAACAAUAGAAAUUCCUGCAAUAAUGCUCACACCUACUCCCCAUUCGAAGGCCUCCUCCGCUCCCCCGAAUCUUCCUCUCUACCUGCUCAACCCCGUCACCACCUCCUCCUCCGUGCCCCGUCGCCGCCGCCUACUCUCCUUCGACGCGGCCGAAGGUGUCGGAUCCGCGUCGCAUCGAGUGCGAAUCGAUGGCGGCAGCUAUCGUGGAAAGCGUUUCCGUGGGGGUGAUGAACUCCGUCUUGGAAAAGCUCGCCGCGCUCAUGAGCGACAAGUACAAGAAAAUCAAGGGUCUAGAGGAGAAGGUGUCCAACCUCAAGUGUGAGCUCAUCUACAUGAAUUCCGUCCUUGAGAAGAUGGAGCAGGACGCCGACAAACUCGACCAGCAGGACAAGAUUUGGAGGAAAGAGGUAAUAGAGAUGUCCUACGACAUCGAAGAUUAUAUCGACGACUUCAUUCACCGUUUUGGUGAAGCCGGCGACAAGGUGGGCAUGGGGAUCCUCCAGAAAGCAUAUCACUACCUGAUAACUUUCAAGGAUCGUCAUCGCCUAGCAAAUCAGUUUCAGGAGAUCGAGAAUCAAGUGAUGCAAGCAAGCAAACGCCGGAAGAGGUACAAGCUUGAUCAGUGCAUCUCAAUUACUACCCCUGUAAUUGUUGAUCCUCGCUUGUCGGCGUUCUACAAGGAGUCGGCAAGCCUUGUGGGCAUUGACACCCAGAAGGAAGAGCUUGUCAAAUGGGUAAUGGAUGAAGGGCAACAGUUGAAGGUGGUCUCGAUAGUAGGGUUCGGAGGUUUGGGCAAGACCACACUUGCCAACGAGGUGUAUCGCGAAGUAAGCGGGAAAUUCGACUGCAAGGCGUUUGUGUCCAUUUCUCAAAAACCAGACAUGAGAAUGAUACUCAACAGUGUGCUAAAGCAACUUGGGCUACAGACAUAUUCUCAUGCUUGCGGGGAGAAAGACCUCAUCGACGACCUCUGUGGACAUCUACAGGAGAAGAGGUACUUCAUCGUACUUGAUGAUUUGUGGGAUAUACAAGCGUGGAAUACCAUCGGAUGCGUUUUUCCAAAAAAUAAUCUCUGCAGCAGAGUGAUGAUAACUACACGAAAUGAGGAUGUCGCUAGAGCAUGUUACGACAACCACGGAUGCAUUCAUAAUAUGAGGCGCCUAAGUGAGCAAGACUCAAGAAAAUUAUUCUUUAAUAGAAUAUUUGGAUCUGAAGAAGAUGCUUGCCCUUCUCAGUUCGAAGUAGUUUCAUGUGAAAUUUUGAAGAAGUGCGGUGGCCUACCGCUUGCAAUUAUUACUGUUGCUAGUAUUUUAGCUUGUCACCAAAACCACAAAAUACUGAAGGAGCAUUGGGAACAACACACGAAACUGGAGGAGCUAUGGGAGUACAUACAAAAAUGUCUUGCCACUAAUGAGUUUGAAAAAGAAUCUGCCUUGAAGGACAUGAUGAAUAUCUUAGACCUCAGCUACAAAUAUCUACCCCAUCAUCUAAAGGCAUGCUUUCUGUAUCUCGGUAAUUACCCAGAGGAUCACAAAAUUAGCAGGGUUGAGCUAGUUAGACGAUGGGUGGCAGAAGGUUUUGUGAGUAUCUUUAAAGAGUGGGAUGUAUGGGAUGUCGCAGAGAGCUAUUUCAACGAGCUGGUCAAUAGGAGCAUGAUUCAACCUGUAUAUGAGGAUCACUAUGGUAUUAGGGAGCUAGUAGGCUGCAGAGUACAUGAUAUGAUGCUUGAUCUGAUCAGAAGUAAGUGUGAAGAAUAUAACUUUGUUAGUGUGGUGCAUGGUCUUCAAGCCAUGGGAAAAGUGCAAGACAAUGUGCGCCGACUCUCUGUCGAUUUGAGUGGUGCAGAGGAUGCCACAAUGCCUGAGCCCGCUACUGGCCACCUAUCAAAAGUUCGUUCCCUUGCCAUCUCUAGAGGAUCAAAGUGGAAACCUCCUCUAGUGGAGUUUAAGUUUCUCCGGGUGCUCUUCCUUCAAUUAUCUUUUCCUGAGCAAGAAACGGCAAGGGACCUUACUGCUAUCAGCCAAUUGUCACAUGUGAAAUAUUUAAAGAUCGAAGGGAUGUACAAUGGGUACAAGGACUCCGUAAUGUUACCUGCUAAGAUUAGUGGGCUGCGACAAUUGCAGACGCUAGAAAUAAUUGACAUCCGAGUUUCCAACAUUCCAUCAGACAUCGUUGACUUGCCCUGCUUGUCCCAUCUAGACCUGACAUCUCAUAAGAGACUCUGCUUGCCGGACGGGAUUGGCAAGAUGAAAUGGCUGCGCACUCUGAGGUUCUUCAGUCUGCCGAAGAGCUCACCGGAGAAUAUUAAGGGCAUCAGUGAGCUAACCAAUCUGGCAGACCUGUACCUCGACUGUAAAAGAGAAGAAUCGGGAUGUGUGCCGACGGCGACAUGGAUGGCUGCUUUGAGCUCUUCCCUGGAGAAGCUCAGUAACCUCAAGUGUCUUUUAUUGUGGUCUUCUCGUAAUGCCUUCUGCGCUGAUGCUAUGAGCUCGUUUUCACCUCCAUUCCGCAACAUUGAGAAACUUUAUCUGACACCAUUGACCUUCCCUAGAGUUCCCAGGUGGAUCAGCGAUCUCCGUAGCCUCCGCGCCCUAGGUCUUGGGGUGAAGGAGAUAACCUGCGAAGAUGUAGUUGGCAUCAUUGGGACGCUACCUGUCCUCGCUAUUCUCCACCUGCGGAUCCCUGGCGUCCCGGCAGAAAGGAUUGUGAUAGGCUCCACAGUCUUCACGGUUCUCAAAUGGUUUGGUUUCGAUUGUGAUGGGGCAUCGUGCAUUACAUUUGAGGCAGGGGCUAUGCCCAACCUUCGGAACCUCUGGUUACGAAUCAAUCCGCGUGAAUGGGACAAAGCUACACCUGUCGGUCUGGAGCACCUCUCAAGCCUAAAGGAAAUCUAUGUAGUCUCGACGCACCGAGGCCAAGCCGAGGCCAAACCGUUCUUGAAGGUCUUCCGGGAAGCUGCUGACGCUCUACCGAGUCGCCCAGCAUUUGGGAGCUUCUCUUGGAGAAGAGAGGAAGAGGAGGAGUAGAAGUCUCUAGAGGAUGAAUGGGAACCAAGUGCGGCGCGGUGCAGACUCUGCAGAUCAUCGAUUAUGUUUUCACCGUCGGCGCAACCUAGCCUUUCAUUUCAUUUAUGUUUUCCGAGCUCCUGGAGAAUGACACUCCGUUGUCCGGAUAGGGAAGAUGGCACAUCUGAAGAUCCGAGUGUUUGAUCCACGCUCACCACAAUUUUCUUCUUUUUUACAUGAUUCUCUUCUUACUACUCUGGGAUCUAUCUGGAUACUGUUUUUAUUUUAUUUUAUUUUCCCGAGUUCUUGUUCA